AAACACAAAUAAUUUAAUUUCAAACAAUGUGUCUGUCAGUCUUACAAUUAAGCCAAUUUAGAGUUUCGUUGUUUAGACUACAUAUAAACGCUUUCUACUACUAUUUAGAUGGAGUAAUUAUGGCACUAACAAAUAAAAACGUUUAAUAGUUAUUGCAAAAGUAUAUAUGUGAAAAUGCACCUUAUAUACAAACAGUUGUAUACAAGGUGAAAUUGCCCAGGUCCGCUGUAGCAUCCUAAUAUUUAACUAAGAGCCUGAAGUCUAUUUAAGUAUAUAUAGUCCUAGAAUUUCUUAGUGUGGAAUAUCAAUAGUUAGCCGGGCACGGUUAAGUGUAAUCUUUAGUUUUUUUUUGUUGUAGCAAAGUUUAAUUCAUGCAGAAAUAUAUAUAGUUUUGGUUUUUAUGUUUUUCGGCUAUUUUAUCUGAAGUUUUACACACAUUAAAAUGUUUAUAACCAACAUUGUCUACAGUACGAGUGAAAAUUUGAAAGGUCAUAGGUCAAGGGAGCUAUAGUGAAAUGGAGGAUACAAUUUAUUUGUCUUGUGACCCGCUAAUACUUGUGUCAUAUCAUUGCAUAAUUCUCUCGAAGAAGUUGUUGUCGCUUCAGUUUGUUUACUAUCAAUAAGAUCGACAGUCGUAUUGUUUGUAUGUCUCUAUUGUAAUAUUUGUAUGCUACUUUGUUUAAAUAUUUUACGUAAAAAUGUUUUUUUUAAGUAUUAAAAUAUUCUUAUUAUUAUCAUCUUUCUUUAUUGUGAGUGACGGGAAAUUUAGCCGGCCAAAUAUAGUUCUAAUUGUUGCUGAUGACUUGGGUUGGGAUGAUGUCAGUUUUCAUGGGUCAAACCAAUCUUUAACUCCUAAUAUUGACAUGAUGGCACUCACGGGUGUAGCUUUGGAACGCUACUACAGCCACUGUGUAUGCACACCGUCGCGAACAGCCAUGCUUACUGGAAAAUAUGCUCACGUUGUAGGAAUGCAAGGCUAUCCCUUGACAAAUGGAGAAGACAGAGGACUACCGCUGAUGCAUAAAAUAUUACCACAGUAUUUCAAAGAUUUAGGUUAUGUCACACGACUGGUUGGGAAAUGGCAUCUUGGACAUUCAAAGAAGAAAUAUUUACCAACAUAUCGCGGAUUUGACAGCCAUUUUGGUCAUAGAGGCGGUUUUAUCGAUUACUAUGAAUAUAUAUUGCAGGAGACUUGGACUAUAGGAGAAGUAGCUGGCUUUGAUUUAUAUAGAGAUAUGACCCCAGCAUGGAACGCCAAAGGUUACGUCACUGACCUUUACAAUGCGGAAGCCAAGUCAAUAAUAAGCAAUCACGAUAAAGACAAGCCGCUAUUUCUAAUGGUAGCACACAACGCGCCCCACUCCGCUAACUUGGGAGCGCAGUUACAGGCUCCGCCGGAGACCGUGCGAGACAUGCGAUUUCUUGCCUCUCCACAAAGGAGGAUAUAUGCCGGCAUGGUCAAGAAAUUAGACGACAGUGUCGGCGAUAUAGUUAAGGCACUGCAUACAAAAGGAAUUUUAGAUAACACGAUAAUCGUAUUCAUAUCAGACAAUGGUGGUGCAACAACAGGUGCUUCAGUCAAUUAUGCAUCAAAUUACCCACUAAGAGGUAUUAAGUUCACUCCAUUUGAAGGAGGUGUUAGAGUUAAUGGAUUAAUAUGGAGCAAGAACUUGACUAAAACUAAUCAUAUAUGGAAAGGAUAUAUGCACGUAUCCGACUGGAUGCCUACAUUAUUAAAAGCAGCUGGUGCAACUCCACCAGCGGAUAUUGAUGGCAUUGAUCUAUGGGAUAGUAUCACCUCUAAUAAGUCUUCCAAACGCAAUGUCAUAUUCGAAAUCGAUGACUACACUGGAUUCGCUUCUAUCAUUGAGGACGAGUUUAAAUUAGUUACAGGAACAAUUGUGACUGAAUAUUGUAAUCACCAAGGAAGAGAACUUAGAGGACUCACUUGUGAUCCUCCCACAUAUAAAAAAGCUCUUACCGAGAGUGCUAUAUAUUCCGUCAUAACUGAAAUGGGUAUUCCUUUUAAAUUAAAUAAUACAAACUUAAGGGAGUAUAUGAAAAUAGAGUGUCCAGUGAAUGAUAAAAGUGAAAUUUGUUAUCCGGAUAAAGAUAAACAGUGUCUGUUUAACAUAGUGCAGGAUCCUUGUGAAACACAGGAUUUAUCAAGCACUUAUCCCGAUGUUGCUGAUAGAUUGUACUCCCGUUUGCAAGACGAGAUGAAGAGGAUAAUUCCGAGGAAAGUGCCGCUCGUCAGAGACUUGAGAGCUGCGCCGAGUUUACAUAAUUACACAUGGACGAUAUGGGCUGACGAGAUCGCAACUGAGUAAAGAUUAGUUAGACUGUGGUACAUUUUAAUGAGAGUAUGCUGUAAAUUAUUACUUAUUUGUAUUCUUAUUGGAAAAUUUAUUAUAUUUAGUAGGAAGAUUUUUUAGAAAUCAAUAGCUACAUUGUAAAUAGUGAGAAUUCACCGAAGAGGACCAUUCUUAGUUGAAUAUCAUUUAUUGAGAUGACGUGGGUCUGCAAAACGUAAUGGCAAUUAAUUAUAAACUAACUGUCAACCAUCUUUCAUUUAGCGUUUAUUUUAAACUUAACAACAAAAUAUCUAUAUUUUUCAUAGGUACAAUAGUUACAAAGAUUUGCACUGAUUCGUAUUAAUGAAACUCGUAAUAUAAAUCAGUGCAGAUCUGUUGCUUAAAGAGUAAUCUUAUAACAUAAUCAAAAUGAUGUCAAGGUUUUAUAAGUUUCGAUAGUUUAUAUUAUUUUAAGAUUUCUUAACUUUACUAUGUUUAAACAUAAACAUCUUCAAAUCUGAAACUGAUAAAAAUACUUGUUUUGUUUAUUCACCACAUUAUUGUACCAGUGUAAAAGAUCCGGGGUAUAACUGUUUAUUUAUUGUACACAUAUUAACUAUACUAUAUAAUCGAGUCAUAAACAUAUAUCCCCAUGCAACGUUCAUUAUUGUAAAUGUUAUAAGUGUGGCGAGUCACCUGAAAAUAAAGUUUAUUUACUUACAAAAAGGUACUCAAACGAUUUACAUGAAGGAUCUUUUAUCUUUGCAAAUGUGUCAAGACAAAUAGGGUAAAAUAUUGUUCGGAUAAUGAGCGAGAUUGUUGUCCUGGUCAAUAUGAAUAAUCUCGUGUUUCUGCUUAUUAUGUUUGUAUUGUAUAUGCUCCCAGUUGAAUAUAUUGCCAGCGAAGGUCGUAUUUUCGUCAUAGUUGAAUUCAAUAUAAAUUUGUUGUGUAAUAAAGGUGACACUUCAGAUAUUGGCAAUUUUUAACUUUAAGUCUUCUACCAAAUUUGUACAAACUAUCCGCAAUAUGUGUAGAAAAAAGAAUAGCUAUAUUUAUAGAAAGCACCAACCUGUAGAACAAGUUGGAUUUCGAGCAGGAUAGUCAACGACUGAACAUAUUAUACAAACGGUAGAUUUAAUCGUAGAAAAGCAUCAAGAGUUUUACCAGCCCCUAUAUCUAGCAUUCAUUGAUUUAUUAGCAUUUGACUGCAUCUCACAUGAAAGUAUUUGGCAGGCGCUUUCAUAUCGAGGCAUACCAGCUAUAUACAUAAAUAUUAUAAGAAGAGUACCAGUUAAGUAAAACUAGACAGACUUGGACCAAAAUUUUGUAUAAGAAGAGAAGUAAAACCUCUAAAACCUUUAAAAUUUCUAGUUUUAUGUUCUGAGUUUGCUUUAAAGUAACAAUUGAGCAAUGAAGAAAAUAUUUUAUGCUGUAUCUGUAUAUACGCAUAUAGUAUUAGAAAGUUUUAUAAUUUCUUCGGAAUCAAUAAAAGCAUUAUGAAAUCUAAAAAAAAUAUGUAUGUAAUUUUUGUUAUCUAAAUUUCAGAAAUUGAUCAGUAAUGACUAAAAGAUAUAUCGUUAGUUAUAAGUAAACUAUCGCGAAAUUAUUAAAGAAUUUUUCACUUUUAUAGAGAGACAACAAUAGCGCAUAUAUUUUAAUUAUUUUGCAAUUGUAUAGAAUAUUCGCAGUUUUCCAUACUUUUAUACUCGUUCAGCUGCCGAGCAAGACGGUCUUAAAAUUAUCGGCGAAAUAAAUUGGGUUUUUAUAAUUAUAUGCAUUCUUAGAUUAAUUAAAUAUGUAUAUUCAAACAUCA